UACAAAAUGCACCCGACUGUAACCGACCGACCCACCGAAGUUUAACUUCCUUCAAACUGUUCCUUCCAUCGUCGUUGAUCGUCUGACACUCAAUGCACCUUCUCCUUUCCCUUUUAAACCCCUUCAUUAUCAACAUCUGCUAGUAUCUUCAUAACCCACAAAUUUACCCCCCCUAACCGUAAAAGUUAAACAGUAAACUUAAAAUUACCCCCUUUUUUGUUUUCCUUUCACAUAAAACCCUAACUUUUCACUCUAUAUAUACAUAUAAAAAAAAAUCAAUGGAUGGUCCUCCUAGCUCCCCUGAUUUUGAUAGAACUGAUAUUUCUCCAAUGAUAAAUAGUGAUGACGAUUCAAUGACUAGCAAGAGAAAAGAAGUAGUUAGUUAUGAGCUUGAAGGGAGUAGGAGAAAGAAGAAGAAGAAAAACAAACAAGGUGGUACCCCCCGCCCUGCUUGCUCUUGGGUGCAUUUUAGCCGGGAGUUUAUUAAAGAGUACAGUGCUUCCCAUCCUGAAUCCUCUGGUCUAAAAGCUGCAACAAAAGCAGCCUCGGAUGCUUGGAAAGUGAUGACCGCUCAACAGAAAGAGAAAUACACUAAACGUGCUCGUGAAGUGUGGGAUGAUUACUUAAGUUCCACCCCUGCCCGUGAACCAAAACCAAAGAAACAGGCCAACCUAGUCACUAGAUGCUCUCCAGGUCGUUUAGUGAAUGUGAUUAAACAAUUCACACCCGACCAAAGAGAAGCAGUGAAGAGAAUCGGUUUUGGUAGUCUCCUUGAUCUUAAAUGUAGGACUCUACGCCGUAGUUUGUGCCUUUGGUUAUUAGAAAGGUUUAACACCAUUAGGCGUAGCUUAGAGAUUUGUGGUUCCCGCAUUCCUUUAUCUCCUCGUGAUGUGGAACUUGUAAUGGGGUUGCCAGCUAGCGGGAAAGACGUGGUAAAUUCUGGGCCAGAUGAAUUGGUAGCAGAUUUAAGACGAAAGUACAAUGCUUCAAAUCGGGGAAUAUCUGUGCGUUUUUUAGAGGAGAAAUUGGGAGAACCAGAAUCAGGAGAUGAGUUUAAAAGAGCGUUUCUUCUUUAUGUUUUAGGAACUCUUUUGUGUCCUACAGCAAGGCUAGACGUUAGCCCUUCCUUUCUCCAUUUUUUGACUGAUAUGGAAUCCGUUCACGAGUACAACUGGGCAAAAUUCUUGCUUGAUAAGUUAGUUAGGGAGGUAUCGCGUUUUCGCCAAGGAAAACAACGUGCAGUGGGUGGUUGUCUUUUGUUUCUCCAGCUGUUUUAUUAUGAGAGUGUUGCUGUUGGAGGACCUUGUGAGCUUGGCCCUGUCGUUGUUCCAUGUUUAUCUUCAUGGACAGAGGAAAACAUUUCUGAAAGAGAAAAACAAGAGAAAGAGCUCGGUGGUUAUGGAUCUGGAGAGGUGAUUUGCAAGGAGAGAGGUCUUGGGUUGAGUUUAUUAGCUCAGAAGGCUGAUGUUGAUGUACUCCCACUGAGAGAGAUGGUUCUUAGAACUGAUCGUAGUAUUCUUGCUGCACACGAAGAAAAUCUGGCACUCAUGCCAAUCACUUACAAAGACGAAAAUACCCUAUCAGCCAAGAUUGAAGGUUAUGGGUACAAUAACACAAUGGAUUUCUCGAACAUAAAUAACCUUCAUGAUGGAAUGACAUAUGAUCAAAGUCAAAGUACAUGCCCUCUUCCCAGCUGCAACUUCAUAGGUCUUUUUGAACACCUAUCUGAUCACUUCACCAGAGAACACUGGGACUCAGGCUCUCGAUUCCAAUACAAUUGCCCGUUUCCUGUCUCAUUACGCAUGGAUGAAACCUUUCUUGUACUUCAAGCAGAAGAAGAUGGGCUUCUUUUUCUACUCAAUAAAGGGACUGAAAACAUAGGCCACACCAUCAUGGUUACUUGUAUCGGGACAAGAUCAUCUAAUGAACGCUUUUUAUAUUAUAUCGAUUCAGAAAGAGGAAGCGGCUCGUUACGAUUGAAAUCUACUGUGCAUACUUUACCAGGCCCGGUUGAUGGUUUCCCCCCUUCAGAUUUUCUUUUGGUUCCCUUUGGGUAUCUUAAUUCAUGUGGGGAGCUAAUUUUGGAGGUUUGUAUAUGGAACUCAUCAGAUGUAGUUGGAGUAAGAACUUAAAGGCUUCCCAGAUCAUGAUAUUUUGGUUUUCUUGGAUUAGGAAAUGUAUAUACUAGGAGCAUGUUGGUUUUUCUUUUGGUUAUAUUUAUCAUCUUUUUUGUGCUUUCAUUUUGAAACUAUGAAAGCAUAAGAUGAUAUAAAUGGCUGAACAUACCAAGGAAAAAUUUCUGAAUAUAAUUUUAAAGCUUGCAAUCA